AUGACUGUCCCACAGCUACCCAAGUCUUCUACCUUGAAGACCUUCCCUCAUAUCAAGCAUGACCCUUCCACCUUGCCAUCCUCCCUUGACCCCUUUACUAUCACGACAUCCACUGGCUUCCUGCCUUACAAGAUAGCACCUACAACUCUUCCUGAGGUCUUUAAGCCACUUGUGUCUCUUCUUGAUCGUAUGCCCGUUGUCAAGGCUGACGGUGCCCCUGGUCUUCUGGCGACAUACGAUCUGGGUGAUGCUGUGAAGGAACUUCCCGACCUGACUGGAGAGGUUGAUAAGCUCAUCGCCCCUGAUGGAUCUCCUGACCUCUACACUAUCACUGCUAUUUUCAGGGACUAUUCCUUCCUUGCUUCAGCAUAUAUACUUGAGCCAUGCUGGGAGAGAUGGACCAAGAACCCUGACGAUGGGUAUGGAUUGGGUAGGGACGUCUUGCCCAGGGCUAUUGCUGGACCAAUGUGGCGUUGCGCGAAACUGCUUGAUCUCCCACCCUUCAUGUCCUAUGCUGCUGCAUAUUCUUUGUUCAAUUACACCUUGGACAACCCAGCAGAGGGACUCAAGUACGACAACUUGCGUCUCAUCCGCGCAUUUGAGCGUGGACUAGACCCCAAGAGUUCUGAAGCAGGCUUCAUCUUGACCCAUGUGGACAUGGUUAAAGAGUCGUCAUCCUUGAUCAGUGGUGCUGUCAGGGUCCUUGAUACUAUCGAGCAGGGUGGCCGUAGGUCCGAGGUCAAUGAUGGAUUUCGCGAGAUACUCCAAGCUAUGGAGAAGAUUGAAGAGUGUAUGGAAGAAAUGUGGGCCAAGUCCAAGCCCGCUGACUAUCUAUCCUUCCGAGUCUUCAUCUUCGGCAUCACGUCGCAAUCCAUGUUUCCCAAUGGUGUUAUCUAUGAAGGAUGCGAUGAUAACAGACCCCAGUUCUACCGUGGUGAGAGUGGAGCAAAUGACAGCAUGAUCCCCCUCCUCGACCACCUCCUCCAGAUCCCCAUGCCCUCUACACCGCUAACCAAGAUCCUGCACGAAUUCCGCGACUACCGACCUCUGCCGCACCGUAAAUUCCUGAAACAUGUCUGUGAAAAGGCCGAGGAACUCUCUGUUCGCGACUUCGCUAUGCAAGACAAGGAAACAGUAGUCUUGUUCCUCAAGGCGCUUGACCACGUGCGCAGCUUCCGCUGGAGACAUUGGUUGUUCGCGAGGGAGUAUAUCAUCAGGAGGACUCCCCACCCAACUGCCACAGGAGGCAGCCCGAUCGUUACGUGGCUCCCCAACCAACUCUCUGCGGUGAUGGACUUCAUGAUUUCCAUCUACGAAACUUACCUUGCCCCAGGGGUUGUCACGCCCGUGACUGAGCACAGGAAAUCCCAGAACGGCCAUCAGGAGGCUCCAUACCAGUACCACAAGCAGGUUGAGUCCAUGAUGGAGCGUGUUCGCGACCAAAGGGAGAAGUUGGCCAAAGAGGUCGAGAAAUGGUGUCAGGAAAGAGGCGUGUAA